CAGGCGUGGUCCGCCGUGGAACGUCGUCGACCAGAAGGUGAGAGCGGCGUGCUCCCGGUUCCGGGGCGCUCGGAGGAAGAUGCUUCUCCGGCGGCUGCUGGCAGCCCUGCUGCACAGCCCGCAGCUGGUGGAGCGUCUGUCCGAGUCGCGGCCCAUCCGACGUGCGGCGCAGCUCACCGCCUUCGCUCUGUUGCAGGCCCAGCUACGCGGCCAGGACGCGGCCCGCCGCCUGCGGGGCCUCGCGGCCGGGCCCGCGGAAUCCCUGAGCCGCCGGGCUGAGAGAUUCAAAGACACCUUCACCCAGGAGCUACGCCGCGGCCUCCGGGACCGGCCGGGGUCCCCACCAGGGUCCCCACCAGGUAGCCAGAGGGGCCCAGGUGCGAACACUUAACCAACCCCUGGUGCGGCCGAGGUCUGGGCUCUACAGCGGCCUCGGCGUUAAGGAAUCAUCCCGGGCAGUGCGGACGGCUUCGAAUACCGACUCAGAUUGUUGGUCCAUGAACGACCCACGCAUAAGAACCCAUGCCAAACCGACAUCCGGGUUGAAGUCCUGUGAUUGAACAGGGCAUAGUGUGGAGAAAGACCCCGAAGCCUGCAGAGAGAAAGAUAGGCUGGGCCCGGACACAACACGUACAGAGAGCCACAGAAGGAACCACAGCCAGAAAGAGAGCCUUCCCUCCGCAGAUGGGACUAAAACUCUCGAUGGAUGCUGCUGCAUCUGCGCUGCUAUAACAGGACACUUAAUUUCAGGGAAGAUCAUGGAUGGAGAGACAACCUUGCAGCUGCCCAAAUUCUCUAAUUAAAUGUGUGAGCUAAUAGG